AGUCAAACUUGUUUAACACUGUGUAUGUGCAGUUAGAAGUUGUAAGCAAGCUGCAAAUCACAGCAGUGUCGUAACAAUCUCGUCGAGAUUUUAAAGAAAUUAAGUCAUUUUGAUCAUUACUGCGUAGCGAGAGGAUGGCACUAUCACCACUGAGCACCAGUUCUACUGUCCCACUGUCCUGUGGUCUGCAGAUCCCCAUUUGUGGACUAGGUACAUCACAUGAUGGUGGAUUCUCCUAUGAUGCCAUUGUGUAUGCACUCACUGAGUGUGGUGUGCGCCACCUUGACACAGCCAAACGCUAUGGUUGUGAGGAGGAACUGGGCAAAGCCAUUGAAGAAAGUGGGCUAGCACGAAGUGACCUGUGGCUCACCGACAAGCUGUGGCUAGAAGACCAUGGAUACAAAGCAGCAAAGAAGGCCUGCCUUGAUUCCUGCUCAAAGAUGGGGGUGAAAUAUUUUGAUCUGUACCUGAUGCACUGGCCUGGGUCACAGAAACCUGGUUGCUCUAACAGAGAAAUGAGAGCAGAGACAUGGAGAGCUUUGGAAGAACUUCAUGAAGAAGGAGUGUGCCGAGCCAUUGGAGUGAGCAACUUUAUGGUGCACCACUUGGAGCAGCUAAAGGAAGACUGCAGUGUGAUUCCACACGUUAACCAGGUGGAGUACCAUCCUUUCCAGCAGCACAGUCACCUGAUGGAGUACUGUCAACAGGAAGGGAUCGUGUUUGAAGGAUACAGUCCUUUGGCCAAGGGUCAAGUCCUGAACAAUCCCACUGUCCUCCACAUCGCAGCAAAGCACCGACGUACGCCUGCUCAGAUCUGCAUUCGCUGGAGUAUUCAGAAUGGAGUUGUCACAAUACCAAAGUCCACCAAAAAGGAGAGGAUCCAAGAAAACUUCAACGUGUUUGAUUUCCAGCUGGAGGACGAGGACAUGGCCAUGCUGCGAGGAUUACAUGACGGGAGACAUGUCACUUGGGACCCAACAAAUGUGGAGUAAUGACGUGUUGGACAGUACACCGUGUGUUUCUCCUGAAUUGGGUUUUGUCAGCAGCUGAUGAUGAGAUUACAGGAAAAGUUAAUGCUUGAUAGUUGCCACACGUGGCUUGGAGGAGAAUUUAGGACUGGUCGUCAAGUCAAGACCGAGAGCUCCACUCCACUGGUUUGACAGCCACACGAUCGGGGACGCUGUUCAAGGCAGAGCUAGAUUCUUUUCCCCAGUGUGUUUCCUAAAAGAUAAAGAGAGGUUAAUUCUUUUGUUUUUGUUUUUGUUUUGUCAAGCGUCUUUGAGUGUUAAGAAAAGCGCUAUAAAAAUACGAUGUAUUAUUAUUUAUUAUUAAUAUUAAUUAAUUGCAGUGUUACAGCAUCAUAGACAAGGCAUUGGAUAUUAAAAAUAUAAUCGAAAUAUACAAAUGAAGAUGAAAAAUUGAACUGUACUGUUAAAAUGUGCAUUAGGCAGGGGUCUCAAACUCCAAAUGAACUCGGGGGGCCAAUGAGCAUCCAGUCUGGUCAUGUGGGGGGGAAAAAAAGUGGGAAAUUAUUUUAAAAUCAAUGACAUUCAUGAUAUUUCACAGAAUUUCAACUAAAUAACAUAUGGACAACUGUAAUAAAACCACUAAACAAGCUCAUAUAUAUAUUACGUUAAAUGUAAUGCAUUUAAAAGUGUAAUAUGUAUAACCUAAUGUAUUAUUAUAAUUCAUGAAAUGUUGCUCAUUGUUUGACAAUAGGUCAUAUUACAUAUCAUAUUUAGUAUUAUAUUCUAGUUAUAAUCUAGCUACAGGUAGAGGAGGUCAUGGGCCAGUUUCCAUUUCAACAUAAUAUAAAGUGGCGGGCUGCAUUAAAUUGAUGGGGGGGCACAUGUGGCAUGUUUGAGGCCUCUGUGUUGUGUUGUGUGAUUGUAUAAUUAAACCAUGUUUUCUAAUCACCAUGUA